UCCGGUAACCAUGUCAACGAGAAUCUAAGCCGUUAGGAGAAAGCAAACGGCUCACAAACUCUCUGAAUGUACUUUAUACGCUUUCUACUUUGGAAAACUUUUGUGUUUAUACGCCGAAAGCGGCCAGGCGCGUCAUCCUCAGCGCCGCCCUGUAGAGAGAGGGAGAGAGCGAGAGAGCUGGAGACCCCCUCCCCACCUAACAACCCCAACCCCGCAGGCUCUGUCACAACGACCCCACCUCCCAACCCCCUCUGAGCGAGGGCACGGAGCGACAGGCUCGCAUUCGCGGAGAGAAGACCGUUCCGGGAUCCCGGCUCUGUUUCGCCCCUCGAUCCGGGCCCUAAUGCUGUAGCGGCCAGCGCGGAGGAGAGAGCGAAGUGAGACGUAGCGCAGCGACCGAGAGUCGGCGAGGGACAGGGCGGACUGGGGAGACGACGGGAUCGCUCAUUCGCCUGGAAACAUGGGAUGUACACUGAGCGCCGAGGAGCGCGCAGCUCUGGACCGGAGCAAGGCCAUCGAGAAGAACCUGAAGGAGGACGGGCUGGUGGCCGCCAAGGACGUCAAGCUGCUGCUGCUGGGCGGCGGAGAGUCCGGGAAAAGCACCAUCGUCAAACAGAUGAAGAUUAUCCAUGAAGAUGGCUUUUCUGGGGAUGAUGUGAAGCAGUAUAAGCCUGUGGUCUACAGCAACACCAUCCAGAGCUUGGCAGCCAUCCUUCGAGCCAUGGACUCGCUGACAAUUGAGUUUGGAGACAAGGACAGAAAAGCUGACGCAAAGCUGGUCUGUGACGUGGUCAGUCGCAUGGAGGACACAGAGCCGUACUCUGCCGAGCUUCUCGCUGCGAUGAAGCGUCUUUGGGCCGAUCCGGGGACUCAGGAGUGCUUCAACCGCGCCCGGGAAUACCAGCUGAAUGACUCGGCUCAAUACUACCUGGACAGUUUAGACCGCAUCGGGGCGGCAGAUUACCAGCCAACAGAGCAGGACAUCCUGAGGACCCGAGUGAAGACCACUGGCAUCGUCGAAACCCAUUUCACCUUUAAAAAUCUCCAUUUCAGGCUGUUUGACGUUGGAGGUCAGAGGUCAGAGAGGAAGAAGUGGAUCCACUGUUUUGAGGAUGUGACAGCGAUAAUUUUCUGCGUAGCUCUGAGCGGGUAUGACCAGGUGCUCCAUGAAGACGAAACAACUAACCGCAUGCACGAAUCCCUCAUGCUCUUCGACUCCAUCUGCAACAACAAGUUCUUCAUCGACACCUCCAUCAUCCUCUUCCUCAACAAGAAAGAUCUGUUUGCUGAAAAGAUCAAGAAGUCGCCGCUGACGAUUUGUUUUCCGGAAUACACAGGUGCUAAUACAUACGAAGACGCUACGGCUUACAUUCAGGUUCAGUUUGAGAGCAAGAACCGCUCUCCCAACAAGGAGAUCUACUGUCACCUGACCUGUGCCACAGACACAGGGAACAUCCAGGUAGUGUUUGAUGCCGUCACCGACAUCAUUAUCGCAAACAACCUUAGAGGCUGCGGCUUGUACUGAGGCCCAGAGCCAGAAGCACAGAGGUCGUCAUGGAGUGCGUGAGGUGUUAAUAAUGAUAAUUUUGAUGAUUCUUAAAAUACAUAAAUAUGUAAUUCUACACGUCCAAACGGGACCCAAAGAGCUGCCGUCAAACACCACACUGGAUCAUUGCCAUGAUUUGUAUCCCCGUCAUUUUUGUUUUAAAUCUAAACCCUCCCACCCCCCACAUUUUUUUUUUUCUUCGUUCUUUUGUCUUUUAAAAAAAAUUUGUUUUUAAGUUGAAUGUUCUGCAAGGCGGGAAGCACCAGAGGUUUAUUCAGCUGAAGCCUUGCCCAGAAACGCAGAGGAGGACGCCGUCCCGUUACGCUCUGAAUACAGCCUCUGGUGCUCCACGCGACGAGCUGCUGAGUGUGAAGGUGGAGAUGAUGAUGAUGAUGACGGUGUCUUGUGGCUGAGGGGCGUGAACGCAAAGAAAAGAAGGCUGUGUUAACGUUCCUUCAAACUGCCGGCCUGCAGGUCUGUCCCACUCGGUUUGGCUCUCAUGAAAGAGAGGAUUCUUCUGUCCAGAGCAGCUGCUGGCUGCCGCCCAUCAGCCAGUCAUUUCUUCAAGAAAAGCAAAGAGAAACAUUGGUGCCAACCAUCUGAGAGUAACAGAUAGGGCAGUAGGGUCAGAAAUUAGAGCUCAUACUGUUGAUUUAUGUUAUUUAAAUAUCAGAUUUUAUUGUAAUGAAAGACUUAUUUAUGCCCCCGUCUCCCUCUUAACUAGGAGAAAAGUCCCGUGCCGCAUGCGGUGCUGUGAAAACUCGCCCCCUUACAGACUGUGUAGUUUUUGAGCCCGUUUUAGAUCAUGCCACGUCAUUAUUGAUUGAAUUUAAGCCUGGACUUUGACUAGACCACUUCAAAACCUCCAUCUAGCUUUUUUCCCUGCACUAUUCAGACUGUUGUGCUUCAGCUCAUUACCCUGACCAUCACACCGCCACCACCGUGUUUGACUGUUAUGUUCUCCUGAAAUGCUGUUAGCUUCAUGCCAGAUGUAACAGGACACAUCAUCUAAAAUAAUUUCUGAAUAUUUUCCUAGAAGUUGUGGGGAUCAUUUGGACAUUAAAGGAGGAAUGUGGGUUUUGGCUUGGAACUCUAGGGAUCCGGUUUCGGCCCGGUCGCUUUCUGUUUGUUGAAUCAUGAACCUUAACGGAGGGAAACGAGGCCUGCAGUGCUUUAGAUGUUCCUGAAUGAGGCGGCGUCGACGAACUCUUAAUGGAUAUUUUAGGUAGGCUGGGAAGACUCAGCACUGUUCCAUGUUUUCUCCGUUUGUGGUUAAAGGUUUGUAGCUAAGAAGCCUUGAAAAAGGCUUUGUAACUCCGUCCAGACUCAUGCAUAUGAAUGACUUUGUUUCUCUUUGGUUCGUUGACAGACGUAAUUAAAAAAACAAAACAAAACAAAACAAACUAAACGGAAGAAAUAAUCUGUAAGGGGGUGAAAACUUCUUCACAGCACUGUAUUCAUUUCCUUUCAUGACACACCGAGGUGCAGAGGGUCCCGAGCAACUCUGCAUCAACAUCCAGGCUUUGGCGCUGCUGCAAGGUCCCUGGAUGUGAAAUUGCGUAGAAAAAUGCACCCUCACCUCAGGCAGUCUUUGUUUGGGGAGGUUUUCUGAUUUAACCCCCCCACCCUCUCUCUCUCUCUCUCCACCGUCCGUCAUGUUUCUCUGUUUGCAGGGAAAUCUAAAGUACAGCCCCUCAUUUUCACCCAGACUGCCCCUCCCAUCCCCUGUACUCUCUUUAACCCAUCACAUAUCAGUCAGUCCUCACAUCCUAUCUCCAUUUUCACCCUAAAAAGCACCAUACUGUAUAUAUAUAUUAUGAUUAUACCAGAUUUUUUUUUUUUUUUACUGUGAAUGUUUCUGUGCUGCAUCCCCAUCCUAUUCAGUAGUUUAUUGGUUGCUCUCAUGUGGAAUGUUUGUGCUGAGCCAAUCGAAUGUUGUGUUUACAUUAAAGCCACACUUUUCCUAACUAUC